UUUAUAAAUGCUCAGUGGUCCCAGAAGUUUAGCUUCAAAGACAUAGAGGGUUCAUUGACUAUAUUAAAUAUUUUUAAUUUAAAGGCAGUUUAAUCAGAUUGGUUACAAUACUGUUGUCAGUGCCUCUCAACUCCUACCGCACUGCCAAUUUUAGGCAUUCACCGCCACGCCCCGUUCAAAUGUGUUAUUCCUCCUCAAAAAUCACUUUUUAAGUGUCAGUAAACAUCUUGUUACUAUUAGUAGUCUUGCGAGGGACCCUAAAAUCAUCAGCAUUCGAAUACAUAAUGCGAAUGACGCUGGUUUCAGGCACCACUGACUUGUUGCGCACUUGUUAUUUCCCUAUAAGCUGCAACACAGUGACUGCGUCGCUUUGAAAUGUUUUCUUUUUGCCUUAUAUCUUCUGACUUCUCUUUAGGGUGAAACGAUUCCGAGGAGUUCGCUUUGUUAGAGUUUGGCUUGAAAGGAGUGGGAUGUCGAAGUCUCGGUAUGAGAAUGAUAUACUUUAGCGGGGAGAGAAUCCCUGGCAGGUGAGAGAGACGGGAAUUCUUGACAGCCUUUCUCCAGCACGCGCUUGAAUGCACGCGGCUUUAUGCAGAAAUAAUUGAAGAAUUCGAACAUGAUCUCAGCGCAGCACCCGAGAAGCUGCCGUGCACCUGGGCUACGUGUUCAAAUACUUUACAGUGUUCUCCUGCUGUGGACCAAAGAAAUGGACGGACUCUCGGAUUUCUCAAGAUCAUCAACAGUCAUUCAGCUCAAGCUUGUGAUGGAGAUCUCCUGCUCCUCAGGUGUCCACGACACUCCACCAUAACUAUUCAGUCUGCAUUUUAUGGACAGAGUGAAACCCUUCCCGGGAUCGUGCCAGGAAUGAGAUGCCAAUGGCGUAAUCACAGCUGUUCUGCUACCACAGCGCUGCAGAAAGUGCUCUCUGAAUGCCAGGGUCAUAGAGAUUGCCAGUUUCUGGUUAAUCAUCAAGUCUUUGGCAGAGAUCCUUGUCCUGGAACUCCUAAAUUCCUCCAUGUAUCAUACAGGUGUAAACCUACAGAGCACAAGAAGAGAGUAACAUGUGAGGGAGAUCGACUUCUGCUGCACUGCAAGUAUCCAAAAGUGCUGAAUAUCUACUCAGCUGUUUAUGGUAGACCGCUGGAGGAAGGAGACUUGUGCCCGUCAGAGGAACAAGAACCUCCACCAUUUGAAUGUCUUUUUCAUGGAGCUGGUGAUGUGGUAUCCAACAUCUGCUAUGGCAAACAGAGGUGUUUACUUACCGUAGACCAGGAACAUUUCAAAGACCCCUGCCCUCCUGGAACAAAAAAGUAUAUCACCGUCCUCUAUGCAUGUGUUCCACAAAGUUUACUCAAGGAGGCUGAUCCUAGAAUUUUCCAAACUACCUCAGUUCCUAACCAGAGCACCAAAGAAGGUGAACACCCAGUUAUAAGAAGUUCAAAGUUUCCAGAGAACAGGAUUAUUGUCAGCAAUUCUUUAAUGGCAUAUGGCUACAUUACAGAGAAUCCAGAGAUGGCAGGACUACUCUUCACGUCAAGUGUUUGUGUGGGCCUUCUGAUUGUUCUAAUAGCUGUUUCAACGCAGCUAACCUGCAGUAGACAUCUAAAUACACCUAGAACGUUUAGGAAGAGUAGAACAGCUAAUCUGGAAGAGGAAGAGCCAAUGAACCAGGAUAAUGAUGAGGAAGAAGAUGAGGAUGAGGAUGAGAAAAGGUCACUGAUGGACAGCUCCAGCCUGUCAGAGAUAGGCAGGAAGGUGUAUUGCUGGGAAGAUGUGACAUACACCACAGAGGCAGCAGAGCUGAUGGAGAGGAUUGAACGCCGAGAACUUGUGAUUCAGGAAAUCAGGAUGAACGCAUACCUCAAUGGAAACACAUGCAUCCUGCAUUCAUACAUGCCAACUCUUACACAGAAUGUGCAGUAGCUGUGGUUUCAGCCAAAUGGAGUGAACUUUUUGAAUGUUUUCUCUUACCAAAACACUGAAAUUAAAGGUGACGUGUGUAAUUUCUGCACCACUAGUGUUGCCGAGCAGAAUAGCCAAAACUGUCUUCAAACAGGUUUCCUGAACACUCCCCUCAUUUGCUAUUGGUCAGCCAAACAAAUGACCCCACCCCAAACUCACACUAUUUGUUUGAGCUAAUGUUGCCAUUGUUGGGCGGCUCAAAUAAGUGAAGAAUGUUUUGAAAACUCCACACAUUCACAGUGUUACACUUUUUGAGGGGAAUCAACCUACAAAUAUCUAAUUAAGCCAUUAAAGAAGUAUUUUAACAUAAAAAAAUUACACACAUCACCUUAAAGACAUUGCCAGGUGCCUUACUUUAAAAAAAAAACAAAAAAAAAAACAA